CGCCACGUCCAGCGGCUGCGAUGUGAGAUUGACAGCGUGAAGAAACAGUGUGCCAGUUUGCAGACAGCCAUUGCAGAUGCUGAGCAGCGUGGGGAGAUGGCCAUCAAGGAUGCCAGGGAAAAACUGGCUGAGCUGGAAACAGCCCUGCAGAAAGCCAAGACAGACCUGGCCCGGCAGCUCCGCGAGUACCAGGAGCUGAUGAACGUCAAGCUGGCCCUGGAUAUUGAGAUUGCAACCUACAGGAAGCUGCUGGAGGGAGAAGAAUGCAGGCUCUCUGGAGAAGGUGCUGGUGCAGUGAAUAUCUCUGUGACUAGAACCGCCGUAGGAACGGGAUAUGGAAGUGGAAACUGUCUCAGCUUUGGAGGGAGCAGUGGUGUUGGAGGUGGGGUCUGUGCUGGAGGAAUGGGCUUCAGCUCUGGAAGUGGACAAGGCACAGCUGGGUCAUGCGUGGUCGGUGGAAGCAGUUCCAGCGUGAAUUACGUCUCCACCUCUUCAACCAAGAGAUGCUACUAA